AUGAACCCUUUCGAAUUCCAGCUCAGCAGCAGAUGGUGGUCUGUUAGCUUCCGGUGCUGGGGCCGCUGGUUCAUCGUCAGCAUUGGGGAGAUCAGCAGUUGCGAUGACCUGAUCUUGGAUAGCAGAUAUGAACCCUUCUGUCUCAGCAAACAGGUUUCCAGAGCGGAGUUUGGGAAGUCUAGGUUUCAUCAUAGGGUCCACUCCAUCCAUCAUAAAGCAAAUGAAUCCUUUCGAAUUCCAGCUCAGAAGCAGAGGGUGGCCUGUUGGCCUCCGGUACAGGGGCCACUGGUUCAUCGUAAGCAUUGGGGAGAUCAGCAGGUAAAUUUAUAG